UCUGCGGGACCGGUAAUGAAGCCACCGUUGUAGCUGCGCCGGCGGGAGUGUCGACGGAACCGAGGGGCGAGCGAAGCGGCGUUGAAGCGGGCUGCUCAUCUGAACCGAGCUGCCCCGGAGCUCAGCGCUGCGCGGAGAUGAGGCUGGGAUGAGAUGCGGGACAGUUUGAGGCUUUGGUGCAUGACAAUGGAGCCGUCAGCCAGUACGACAUCUUCUUCCAGCAACCACGCCCUAAACUCAGCAGGUGGGAAUUGUCAGUGGGAGGUCAGCGACAAAACUAAGCUGUGCCGCUUCCUCUGUUAUGGCUCAGAGGGAGAUCUAUACACGGCCAGAGAGGAGGGUCGUAUCAGCGUGGAGAACGCUGGAGCCGUAUUCUCCCUGCUACAGGAGGGAAGAGGUGCUGAGGUGGUGGAGGAGGUAAGACGGUUUGCCCAGGAUGGGCAAGCUGUCAGACUCGGCCCCUCCUUGUUUACUUUGGCGCUGUGCUCUCAACACUCUGAGCUAAGGACCAGGCAGGCCGCCUUUAAAGUGUUCAAGGAAGUUUGUCGAGAUCCUGCCCAUCUGUUUUCAUUCAUCCAAUACAAGAAAGAAUUGAAGGAGGGCAUGAAGUGCGGGAUUUGGGGACGUGCCCUGAGAAAAGCCGUGUCGGACUGGUACAAUGAGCAAGAUGCUAUGAGUCUGGCUAUGGCUGUGACUAAAUGUAAACAGAGAGUGGGGUGGUCACACCAGGAUCUGCUUAGGCUCUCCCACACCAAACCAACAACUGAAGCUAUUGCCUUGAUCAGCAAAUAUGUAACAAAAGGAUGGAAGGAGGUCCAGGCUACAUAUGCAGACAAAGAAAACUCAGAUGAGGUUGUCAGAGUGCUUUCAUACCUUGAGGUGGUAGAGAAAGUCAAGCACAAUUGUGACGAAACUGAGGUCAUCAGUUUAAUAGAGGAGCACAAGCUGGAGCGGGAGCAGCUGCUAACAGACCAUCUGAAGUCCAAGCAUGUAUGGAGGGCUUUGUUGCAGGAAAUGCCUCUCCAGCAAUUGCUGAGGCUCUUGGGUCGGAUGACAUCAAACAAAAUUCUUGAAACGGGAAGCGCAGAAUUGCAAGCUCUAUGUGACCGAAUCCAGAGUGAGACGGCACUGAAGAAGGCAAAGACUCACCCUUUCAGCAUCCUGUUGGCUUUAGAGAACUACAAAAGAGGCCAAGGCUAUCAGGGAAAAACUAAAUGGGAACCUAUCAGCAACAUUGUCACAGCAAUCGACUCAGCCUUUUACAAAAGCUUUAUGAAUAUAGAGUCUGUGGGUAAACGUUUCCUGGUGGCAGUGGACGUGAGCACAUCACUGAGCAGCGUUGUUCCAGGGACGUCAAUCAGCACUGCCAUCGUUGCUGCAGCUAUUACUAUGGUUUUUGCAAGGACCGAGGCAGACACACGUGUACUAGCCUACUCUGAAGGAGCUUUAAUUCCAUGUUCUGUUUCUGCUGAUAUGACUCUUGCACAAACAACGAUUGAACUGGUUAAGAUUCCAGGGGGGAGCACAGACUGCACCCUUCCCAUAAUGUGGGCCACAGAGAAUGACAAUACUGUAGAUGUGUUCAUCAUCUUGACCAACAAUCCUUUGUGGACAUUUACUGCCAGCCCAGUGGAGUCUCUGAAGAAGCACAGACAGAAAUCGGGAGUCGCCUCCAAGCUAGUGAUGUGUGGACUGACAUCCAUUGGACAUGCCAUUGCAGACGUAGAAGACAGGGGUGUACUAAGCAUCUGUGGAUUUGACCUUGGUGCUUUGAAUGUCAUUCGUAGCUUUGCCCAGGACCUGAUCUGAACACACACUGAGACUACGCAUGGGGUUAGACAAAAAGAAGGAACAGAGUGGCCUGAUGUGGCCCUCACACAGUAGCAUGUACAGUACAGUAGGCUGCCCUAAACAGCACUAAUCCAAAAGGAUUUUGACACUGACAAUUCCAGUUUCUCUUUUUUUUUUUUUUUUUAAUAUGUUGCUGACAAGUCAACUGACAGUGUCCAGCGGGCUGGACAACACUUUGGAUAUGUAAUGUGUCUUUUUGUUUGGUUGUGUUGGAAAUUUGAAAACAAAGUGUGUAGAGAUAUUUCUUGACGUGCACAUCAAGCUGUUAAAGGUUAUGCUGCAAACUGUAUAAGGGGCUGUUUGGUGAUAUGAGGGUUGCUGCUGAGAGACUUACUGACUUUCAUUAUAGGAAAAUGUGGGAUGUUAUGAGGCUUAGUGCAACUGUAGGUUUAUUGUAGGGGGAUGCACUGUAAUUAUGGUAUGCAUGUACAGUACAAUUUACCACAAUUGUUACUAGAGACUUUAAAUCUAAAAGCCGGUCCCUAAAUUAAAUGAAUUUAUGAAAUUUAAAAUUUUCUAACUCUAAAACUGCUGUUUUGAUAAAUCAAUUAGUGAAACAUUUUAUCAGUUGUAUCUAGAAUUAGAUUUACACAACUCUUAGUUGCCUGAGUUGACUCUUAAAUUAGAUACAGUUUUAGUUGUUUUGACAUUUCUUGUCCCCUCAUUCAAAUUUAUUUUAAACUGACUGUUCUGCUCUUUUUGAAGUUAUUCUAUAGAAAAAUACCGUUGGUGCUUUUAAAUGGAAUUAUUCCUUUUUUGUAGACUUGUUUCAUGUUACAGUUUUUUUCUUUGAAAAACAAUAAUGCCAAUGUUUGGGACUGUAUGUUUAAUAUUAAGUCAGUUUAAUGAAAAUUGGUGAAACUGACUGUUUUCCAUAUUUUCAUUCUGAAUUCUAUGCACCACAUUUGGAAGAUUACUGUUUUAAUUGUGUCCAGGAAGGACAAAUCAUAGCUAUAAAAUAACAAAAAUCUACUGGUGAAGUAAUUGUCCUGUAAGCUAGUUUUGAUGUAUGAGACAAUGCAACAACUAAUACAUAAUAGCCUCCUUCCUGGAUAUAAAUAUACUGAAUGUACCUUUUGUGAAACAUGUAACGUUAGAAACCUAAAGUAUGAUGCUUUAUAUUUGUUAUGUUAUUUAAAACACAUCAAACACUGCAAACCCUACAACACUGUAAGUGACCAAUUCAGUUUGGUAAAUGCAACAAAAUGAUGCAGUGGUUUUUCAUGUUUUUAUUUAAAGGAGUUAAUGAUAAUAUUUAGUAUGUUUUUCACUUUUCCCUCUUGGUGUAAUUCACAUUUAAUGGAAAAUGUUCAUGACCAUGUCACUGUGAAGGGUUUUGUCCACACAUAACUGACACUGUCUUUUUCAGCGUUAACACAUUGGCCACUGUCUUUUUGGCCCAAGGUCAAAUAAGUCUGAAGUGACACAUUUAUAAUUGAAGGAAAAGUCAUUUAAAGUUUGGUGAGACACGCGUUUCACCAGAGUCCACUCCACCAUGCUGUCUGUUGUACCCAUUCUGCGUAACAUAUACUUGACAAUAAUGGCAAUGUAAACUCCUAAUAAACACUUUGCUGCUCUUCUGA